AUGACACAAAAGGCAAAGAGAAAAGCUUGGGCCGACUUUGGUCUUGGUCUUGGAACUGUGGCUUGUGAAGAAAGAAGGGAGAGAGAGGUUUUGAUUGGGUGGCUUGGCAGGGUACUGCUUACGCGAGGGGAAAGUAAAGAUUCGGUUGCGGGUCGGUUCCGAGCGGUGGUUUUUUUUUGGGGGGUUGGGGUUUUCGACUGGGGUGGGGAGAAAGGGUGCACGGGCGGUUUAGAUACAUGCGGGGGAGGUUACUAUGACGAUAGUAGUGAGGUAUUUUACUACAAGGGCAUGUUCCUGGUGGACUCAAGAUUGCGUUUGGGAGCUUGUGGGCAGACGCGGAAUCCGCAGGCAGCAUUUCCAGGCGUCCCGUUGACGCGUACGGUGGUCGGACAUAAUCGGCAAAUAUGGGGGGAAGAGGCAGCUGGCAGGAAAAGACAAGUGACGGACGGAUCGCUGCUAGAGGCGGAAAUAACGAAGGCGGGAUGCGAGCGCGAAGCUUACCAAGAGGCGAGAAGAAACCAGUGUUGGGAAAGCUUCAAGCGAAAAAGAGUGAGGGACGUCUAGGGCAGACUACAGUCUACAAUAGGAUA